CGAAAUAUAAGCACGUCAAAUCCUCUACUUCGCUUUUCUCCCAUUGAAUAUUGCAUUACCAUCUGUUCAUAUUCAAUAGACACCUAGACAAAAUGACUAUCCGUAUCCUCACUCUCUGUGGCUUCACCCAGAAUGCCUACAUCUACUCCAAACAAAUUGGCGCCGUCCGAAAGGCUUGCAAGAACACCGAGUUUGUCUUUGUCGACCCUCCCGUUGUUGUCGAGAAGGCCGACCUCCCAUGGGUAAACGAGUCCAACCUCGACCAGUUCGGCUCUAGCGCCAGCAUGGACGCUGAGAACCAGACUGCCGAGACUACUCCCCGAGCCUGGUGGAUCAACGCCGACAACUGGAAGACCUAUAAGCGAUUCGACGACUCUGUCAAGUUCCUCCACGAUUACAUGGCUGAGCAUGGACCUUUCGACGGUGUCGUGGGUUUCUCGCAGGGUGCUGGUAUGGCCGCUCUUCUCGCCGCUAUGAUUGAGAAGCCCGGUAUCAACCCUCUCUUCCCCGCCCACGAGAACAUCCCCAAACUGAAAUUCGCCAUCUUUAUCGGCGGUUUCCUCCCUGGCUAUGAGCCCAAGUGCGAGUCGCACGACUUUUCCAACUACUUCCCUCUCCCCGCCUCUCUCCCCACCCUCCAUAUUUCUGGCAAGAACGACACUUUGAUCGUGCCCGAGAGAAGUCAAAUAUUGGCGAGCAGGUGUGAGAACGCGAGGUUCGAGCUGCAUGAUGGUGGACACUACACUCCCUCAAAAGCGUCCUGGAGACAUUUCCUGAAUGCCUACAUCAACUCUUUUGCCCCCGGCGGUAGCAACGGCGACCUUCCCGAGAUCGACUCUUACGGACCCAACGGUGCCAACGCCCCCGCGCCCGGCGGCGGCAAGGGCAGCAAGUCCGGCUCCAACACCCCCACUCCCAAGACGCCCAAGCAACCCAAGCAGCCCAAGGAGGCAAAGCCUGUCGAGGGCGCCAAGGUUGGGGAAGCGACGGCGAAGGAGGUCAAGGAAGUGAAGGGUGAUGGAAAGGUGGCGGAGAUCGAGGAGAAGGCGGCUGGGCUGUCGUUAUAAUGCUUGGCGUAGAGGUAUUGUUUCGCCGGGAACAUGCAUUGCCAUCUAGCAUUAUUCGGAUGGGUAGGUCAUUAAAGUUUGCUUUCGGAAGUAAAUCCCCGACAUCACACCCUCGGCGCACCCACAUCUGGAGUGGACGAGGAGACGUGGAUAUCAAUGCCCAAUUGCAAACACAGUACGCCUCCGACGGAUCUUACUAUGCCUGAUUGUGUGGUGCGGUCUUCAAGAUACGUGCAUCAAAAUGCUGAAGCUUUUACAUCGAACACGUGAAGCCCUUACUGCGACGGUAGUUUGGAUGGAUCAGAUACGGUGAAAGCAUGAUAUGCUCUCAUAGAGGAUCAGGACCAGGAGGCUAAACAUAGACUUGCCAAGCUAAGCUUAUCAGGCUUAGCAACAAAGUGGAAAGGAUGAGGCAUGAAGCAUGUUGACCGCGAGUGUACAAAGUAGCUACGCUAUGUAGUAUGAACGCGCUGCUUCUCCAGGAUCCAGGCCCGCCUGCCUCUUUCCGCUCAAAUCGCCAAG